GCGUGUCGUACCCCAGAUCAUCGUUGAUUGAGCUACUCCCACUCCUUUAAGCGCACAGGAAUUGACAGACAUCGCGAAAGACACCACACCAAAGAGAAGACAUUUCUCCUUGCCCCUUCGUCUGUGAUGGCAGUCUCCUCGCGCGCCGGCUUUCUAGCCGUCGCUGUCGUCUUUCACCUCGUCUACAUCUAUUCGAUUUUUGACAUUUACUUUGUCAGUCCUAUCGUUUCGGGCAUGAAGCUUGUUCAAGUCGAACGACCCGAAAACUCCAAGGCCCCUGCAGACCGUCUGGUUCUUUUCGUGGGUGACGGUUUACGAGCAGACAAGGCUUUCCAGUCCUUUCCCGACCCUUACCCCGAAUCCGAGGAUGACCUGACCCCGCGACCCCUCGCCCCUUUCCUGCGAUCCCGCGUUCUUGAAUAUGGCACCUUCGGGGUGUCACACACGCGCGUGCCGACUGAAUCUCGCCCUGGCCACGUUGCGCUCAUCGCCGGUCUUUAUGAAGAUGUCUCGGCCGUGGCGACUGGUUGGAAGCUCAACCCCGUAAACUUCGACAGCGUCUUCAACCGGAGCCGUCAUACCUGGAGCUGGGGAUCCCCCGAUAUUUUGCCAAUGUUCGAGCAGGGUGCUGUCCCCGGCCGCGUCGAUUCCUACACAUACGGACAUGAGUUUGAGGAUUUCAGUCAAGAUGCAUUACAAUUGGACUUCUGGGUCUUUGACCAUGUCAAGGAGCUUUUCGCCGAUGCGGCCAAGAACGAGACUCUUGAUGCCGCUUUGCGCCAAGACAAAGUCGUCUUCUUCCUCCAUCUGCUCGGGUUGGAUACCAAUGGACACUCGUACCGUCCCUACUCGAAGGAAUACUUGCACAAUAUCAAAGUCGUGGACCAAGGCGUCAAGGAGAUUACCGAAAUGAUUGAGAACUUCUACGCCGAUGACCGGACCGCCUUCGUCUUCACUGCCGACCACGGCAUGAGUGACUGGGGUAGCCAUGGCGAUGGCCAUCCCAACAACACUCGCACCCCUUUGAUCACCUGGGGAUCUGGCAUUGCCCCUCCGGUGCUUUCAUCCGAUUCUGUUGCCCCCGGGCAUGACGAGUACUCUUCUGACUGGCAUCUUGAUGAGAUCAAGAGACAUGACGUGGCGCAAGCUGAUAUUGCUGCUCUGAUGGCAUACUUGAUCGGUGUGGAGUUCCCUGCCAACUCCGUUGGCGAGCUGCCCUUGUCCUACGUCUCAUCGAGUAUCGAGGAGAAGGCCCAGGCGGCACUCAUCAACGCUCGCGAAAUUUUGGAGAUGUACAGGGUCAAGGAAGAACAAAAGAAGGCCACGGAGCUUCGCUACCGACCAUUUCAGCCCCUGAGUGAUGCAGGUUUGGCCCCCGAGCGCCGAGUGGCCGCUAUUCAACGCCUGGUCGACGCUGGUAACUACGAAGAGGCCAUCGAAGAGUCUGCAGCUCUCAUGAAGAUUGCCCUGGAGGGCUUGAGAUACCUCCAGACUUACGAUUGGCUAUUCCUCCGCACGCUGAUCACAAUUGGGUACCUUGGUUGGAUGGCGUUCGCGCUGACGAUUGUCGUUGAUUUGCAUGUUCUGCGUGGCAGCCAGCUUCCUUCACGUACGACUCUUGGCACGACGGCUUUCAGCUCCGUCCUUGCAGUGUUGUACGCAUCAUUCAUCAUUUCCAAGUCCCCCAUCACCUACUAUGCAUAUGGCUUCUUCCCCGUUGUCUUCUGGGAGGAAGUCUGGGCUAGGCGCAGCUCUCUUAUUGAGGGCCGAAAGGUUCUCUUUGGGCACAUCAAGACCGGAGCGAGUGUGUUUUCGUUCCUGCUGAACCUCGUGGCUUACAUCGGCAUUAUCGUGUCUUUGGCUCUGGGAUACAUCCAUCGCGAGGUCCUCACCGUGAUCUACGUUCUCGCGGCUUUUUGGCCAAUGACGUACGGUUUGAGGUUCCUUCAGUUGAACUCUCUGUUGUCUGUUGUAUGGUUCUUCUCCUGUUUAGUCAUGAGCGUGUUUACAUUGCUCCCCGCCAUGAAGUCGGAGGAUAUUCCUUUGAUUGUGGCCGGUGGAAUCGUCAUGACCGCCAUUGGUCUGGCGUACCUUAUCUGGGAGGACAGGCUGUUGGCGAAGCCAGCUCUGCCGAUAUCCAGGGCUUUGACCGGUGUUCAGACUUUGCAGAUCGGCUUGAUCUUGCUCGCAAUUGUGGUCACUCGAUCCAGCGCCAUCUCUCUUCAGGCCAAGACGGGGUUGCCUCGGGGCAAUCAAGUCGUGGGCUGGAUUGUUCUGGUUGUUUCACUGCUCAUGCCCUUGGCUCAACGUCUGCAGCCCAACAGCCACUACAAGCACAGUUUGAUGACCAUGUUCCUGACCUGUGCACCGACUUUCGUAAUCUUAACCAUCUCCUACGAGGGUGUCUUCUACGUGGCUUUCAGUGCCUUACUGGUUGCCUGGGUCGGUCUGGAACAUCGCGUAUUCGUCUUCAGCAAGGGCACUGACGAAGAUCGACGCUCUUCUUCAAAAGAAACUGCCAGUAAGCCAAAGGAGGUGUCCACAUCACGCUUUAGAGCCUUGACUCUCGCCGACGCGCGUGUAUGUCUGUUCUUCUUCGUCUUGCUGCAAUCAGCCUUCUUCAGUACCGGUAACGUGGCGUCGGUUUCGUCCUUCAGCCUGGACAGCGUGUACCGUCUGAUCCCCAUCUUCGACCCCUUCUCACAAGGGGCACUGCUUGUUGUCAAGCUCAUGAUUCCAUUCGCCCUCAUAUCGGCGAACCUCGGAAUUCUCAACGUCAGACUUGGCGUGGCGCCGUCCUCUCUCUUCAUGGUUGUCAUGGCCAUCAGCGACGUCCUCACACUAUACUUCUUCUGGGUGGUCAAGGAUGAAGGCUCUUGGCUGGAGAUCGGCUCGACCAUUAGCCACUUUGUCAUUGCCAGUCUGUUGUGCGUCUUUGUGGCGCUCCUCGAGGGUGUGAGCGCCCUGUUCAUUAGUGGCAUCGAGGUUGAGGGGUCUGAACCAAAGGCCGGACAGAACGGAACGGCGGCGGCGGCGUCUACUUCCGCCGGAGGCACAAUCGCCAACGGCAACGGAAAGACAUCGGGUGCUGGUACAAAGCUAUAGGGGGGGGGGGGACUUUUCCAAGGCUCCGGUGGAGGCGGAGGAUAAUGUACAUAUGAUGGCAUCAGAUACUGAUUUACUAUUACAAUGCCUGGUGAUACCCCGGAUUUUGAGCUAAAUCAAGACGUGCGGAAACAAAAGCCGCAGGAAACGCUUGAAAUCACAGACUCCCCGGUAAGACCCGGGAUGAGCUUGGCAAGCUGUGUCCUGUAGACUGGA